GGUGGUUUAGUAAUAAUUGGGAGCGUACCCUACACACAGGUCUCAUCGUAGGAUUGCGGACGCCAUUUGAAGUUUCUCACAAACAAGGGAAGGGAAUGAAUGAUGUGCUUCUUUCUCUCUCUCUUUCUCAAUUUUGAAGCAAAACAAAAUUCAUAAUUAAAAUAUUAUUAUUUAAAUCAAUUACCCCGAAACUGAUUAUAGAAACUGCCACAAAGAAAUUUUCCUGCAAUUUCGAUCCUUUGUCCCUUCUCUACUCUCUCUCAGAUGGUAAAGGGAAGAAAGGUUAGUAGCAAACGUGAUUUGAGAAAGAGGGUUAGGUCAAAGGGCAGUGGUUCUGAUGAUUCCGAUGAGGAUUAUGUGGUUUCGGAUGAUGCCGGGAAUGUGUCUGAUUGUCCAGAGGAUGAUUAUUUUUCUUUGGAUGGAUGUGCGGCUGAGGAUAGUUUUGACGGGUUUAUAGAAGACGGGGAUUCGGAAAAGGAGGUGAUUCAACGGGUGACGAAAUUUAAUAGAUCGAGGGCUAAAACUGGUGUAAGGCGUCAGCGGACUAAUGUAAGUAAAGCCUCGAGGAAGAGACAGAGGGUUACUUAUGCAGAACAACCAGAAGAAGAAGAAGAAGAACAAGAUGAAGAAAAAGGAGAAGAAGAGGAAGAAGUAGAAGAAGAGGAGGAGGAGGAAGAAGAAGAUGAUGAUGAUUACAAUGAUGUUGAUGAAGAGGAGGAUGAGGAGGAAGAGGAAGAGGAAGAAGAAGUGGAAGUGGAAGUGGAAGAGGAAGAGGAAGAGGAAGAAAAAGACGAAGUGGAAGUGGAAGAGGUAGGUGAAAAUGAUGAGGAUGAUGAAUUUAAACCUGAGGAAGAAGAUUUCACAGAUGAGGAGGAAGAAGAAACAAGGGGCAGAAAGAAGAAAAAGGAUAAUUCCAUUUAUGAAGACGAAGAAUUUAAACCGGAGGACGAAGAUUACACAGAUGAGGAGGAAGAAGAAACAAGGCGCAUUAAGAAGAAAAAUAAUGGCACGAAGAUGGGCAAGAAGAAGGCUUUGAAGAAAAGGGUUUCUGCAACUUCUAGCAGAGGUCGAAAAAGGAGUGGUUCUGGAGUUUCAAAGAAGCCCAAGAGAAAGAGAAGACGAAAGAAUGGAGGAUCAACGAGGAAAGUACAGUGUGAUGAUGCAGAUGAUUUUUUGGAUAAUGUCCCAGCCAUCAGAACAAAUAGCAGAAAGAGAUCAGUCCUGAAAAGGAGAAGGGUUAUCCUUGAAGAUGCCAAUUCCGGCUCAGAUUGUGAGUCUAGACCAUCUGAUUAUGAGUUUACUAUCUCUGAAGAAGAAAAAGAACAGGUGAGAGAAGCCGUGCAGUUGUGUGGAAAUAUAAGAAGGAACUUGAGGAGAGCUUCUCUUCGAAUGGAAAAUGAAGUGGUUGGACUAUAUGAAGAUCUACAUCAGCAAUGGAAGCCUCCAGCACGGAAGGGUAAGGAAAAGAUAGAGGAAUCUCAAGGAAGAAAGGGUAAGGAAAAAGUAGAGGACUUGAAGAGUGAGGUGGGAAAACAGGUGUGUGGAAUUUGUCUGUCUGAGGAAAAUAAAAGAAGAGUAAGGGGAGUACUAAACAGUUGCACUCACUAUUUUUGCUUUGCUUGCAUUAUGGAGUGGUCAAAGGUUGAAUCUCGCUGCCCUUUGUGUAAGCAGAGAUUCCAAACAAUCAGUAAGCCUGCACGAUCAACAACAGCGGAAGAGGCGGUGAUACAAGUGCCCGAACGUGAUCAGGUUUAUCAGCCAACUGAAGAAGAACUCAGGAGCUACAUUGAUCCAUAUGAAUCCGUUAUGUGUUCAGAGUGUCAUCUAGGUGGAGACGAUGGCCUCAUGCUACUCUGUGAUAUAUGUGAUUCCCCUGCACACACUUAUUGUGUUGGUUUGGGGAGAGAAGUACCUGAAGGUAAUUGGUACUGUGAUGGUUGUAGACCAGUUGCUUUGGCAUCUUUAAACUCCCAAGCUCAAGAAUCUGAUUUAAGAGCGGCAACUCAAAGCCUGCCUUCCCGGCCAUCACCUGUUCAUAUACGAGAAAGUAUAGACCUGAACCUGAUGUCUUCACCUCAUACAUCUUUUAGUCAAGGGUUCGGGCAUCUUUCAUCUUCUAGAUUUUCUGGCAGAAGUACCGAAGGAGCUUCUCCGAUGUCUGGAGGUGGGGCACCAACUUUAUCAGAGAGACGAUGGAUACACCGUCAAGUUCAGCAGCUACAAAUUCAGCAGCUACGUUCAAUUGAUAGAAUGGCUUCUACAACUGGCAGAACUAACGGUGUUUCAGCUACCGGUACAUUAAGUAACUUGAAUAGCUCUGAAAUUAAUAGGGAACCAAGUUCUCAACAUAUAAGAACACAGGACGUAGGAACAUCCUAUCACACAUUUUUUGAGGAGAGAUUAGGCAACAACAUCUCUCCAUUUAUGCAGAAUGGAGACCCCUUCUCCAUAAGAAUGAGCAAUUCAAGGGGCCCAGUGGUUCAGGAUUCAACCAUGUUUUCGAACGGGCCUGUGAAUGCAGCUAUAUGGCCUGAAAUUUUGGGGACAUCGACCUUAUCAGAUUAUGGACCAAUCCACCCAUGCAGCAGCAGAUCAAACAUUGUCACUGAGGUUGGUAUACCCGCUACUGUCAAAGAAGAAGAUAACUUGCACAUUGUAAAGGAGCGAUUGCAGUCAAUGGUUAAAAGUCAUCUGAAGAGAUUGUCUCAAGAUGCUGAUUUGGGUUAUAGUACUUUCAAGGACAUUGCAAGGAGUUCUACGCAUACCAUACUCGCUGCUUGUGGACUCGAGCACAAUACGAGUGAGGUUUGUACUGUGCCUCCACCAUCCGUCUGUCCCCACAUUGAAUUAAUUGCUGGUGGACAAAUGAGUAUGAUUAAAGGUUGCUGCUCCUCUUGUUUUGAUUCUUUUGUAGGAGAUGUGGUUAAAAGUAUUUUGGACACAAGAAUGUCUUCACAGUGGUUACGAUUAGGACUUUAGGCAAAAUAUUCUUAAAUGUGUCCAGAGAGGCACACCUUUUUUCUUAGGAACCAAGUUAGGGACAAGAAUUUCUUUUUAACAGUAAGGACAAAAAUUUCUUAUUUACUUGUUUAUGCAUACAUUGACAUGAUUUACUAACAUUUCACAGACAGGUUGCCCUA